GCAGUGCAACCGCUAGAGCUCAGUUAGUGGGGGAGGCGAGCGAGCAAUCGAGGCAGAAUGGCGAAGAGCUGGUUACCAUUGUCGCUCCUCUUUCUGGGGGUUUUCUCACUGUACUGCGCCGCGUCAGCUGAUCACAGCGGCGUCAAGAAAAUGAAGAUGCAAUUUGCCACGGGGCCGCUACUUAAAUUCCAAAUUUGCAUCUCCUGAGGGUACAAGCGGGUGUUUGAGGAGUACACGCAGGCCCUGUACCAGCGCUACCCAGACAUCCGCAUUGAAGGAGAGAACUACCUUCCUCUCCCCCUCUACAGACACGUUGCUUCCUUCCUGUCUGUGUUCAAGCUGGCUGUGAUUGGCCUGAUCCUGGUGGGAAAGGACCCCUUCACCCUGCUGGGCAUGCAGGCCCCUGCCGUCUGGGUCUGGGGCCAGGAGAACAAGAUCUAUGCCUGUAUGAUGGUGUUCUUCCUCAGUAACCUGAUAGAGAACCAGUGCAUGUCUACGGGGGCGUUUGAGAUCACACUGAACGAUGUGCCGGUGUGGUCCAAACUGGAGUCUGGUCAUCUGCCCUCCAUGCAGCAGCUGGUCCAGAUCCUGGAGAACGAGAUGAAGAUGAACGUUCCUAUGGAUACGCUGGCACACCCCCGCUCCUAACCCCUCCUCCUCUCCCCGGGCCAGCCUGACACCCCUCCAUGUGUGAGGUCUGUGUGUGUCUUGCAGGGCAGUGAGGUGAUGUUUAUGAAGGUCUGAGCUGAAGGCAGGAAGACUGCUGGCCCAGACUGGACGCCCUCAUCACUCCUCGCCACGCCCCUUAGAGACGCCACGCCCCUCACCCGGACCAGGGUGCUUGGCAACCACGGCGGCCAUCUUGUCAUUCUGUUCUACUAUUGCAGAUUGUUCAUCCAGUUGCAAUAAACACAGGACCCCGUUCCAAACCCCUAAACUCCACUACACCCUGUAUACUCGUCCUGGUCGGAGGACAUUCCUCAGACCCCCAGAAGGAUGCGGGGCGUAGGGCCCAUGGUUGUGUUUGGAACGGGGCCAGACUGAUGUUGAGACGGAGGUUGGUUCCUUCUGAGACUGCCACCGUCUGAGCUGAUCCAUGUUCUCGCCCCUCAGAGCCACUGUGUCUAGUUUAACUGUUCCUUGUCUUAAUUUAACCUUAAUCCUCAUCAUAUAGAGCCAUGUCCUGCUUCAUCUGAUCUAAAAAUCCUGUUGUAAUUUCAUUACUGAAUUUAUUGUAAUUUUUAUAUUUGUUUUGAGUAGCUUGAAGUGGUGGUUUAAAACGAGUAAUAAAAAGGAAUAAAUCUAAUAACA